GGCCGGCCUGGUAUUCCCCCCCGUGUUAGAAUACCGGGCCGGCCACUCGGCUCUUCUCUGCAGGCCUCUAGCGGUCCUACCUGUUCCUCGGUCCAGCGGUGUCCUCAGUCUUCUCUCCCCGGCAUGGGCACCCGGCUCCGGGUGCCCACUGCACAUGCGCGAGAAGCGCCACACUUUGUAGUAUGUCCGCAGUCUCUGGUCAUCCCCUGUACUGUGUCCGCAGUCUCUGGUCAUCCCCUGUACUGUGUCCGCAGUCUCUGGUCAUCCCCUGUACUGUGUCCGCAGUCUCUGGUCAUCCCCUGUACUGUGUCCGCAGUCUCUGGUCAUCUCCUGUACUGUGUCCGCAGUAUCUGGUCAUCCCCUGUACUGUGUCCGCAGUCUCUGGUCAUCUCAUGUACUGUGUCCGCAGUCUCUGGUCAUCUCAUGUACUGUGUCCGCAGUCUCUGGUCAUCUCCUGUACUGUGUCCACAGUCUCUGGUCAUCUCCUGUACUGUGUCCACAGUCUCUGGUCAUCUUCUGUACUGUGUCCGCAGUCUCUAGUCAUCUCCUUUACUGUGUCCGCAGUCCAUUGAUUCAGAAUAUUUUUUUCCUGUUUUCCUCCUCUAA